GUCAGAUCAGUGCUUGCUUGGUUUAAUCUUUGAAGUUUUUUUAUUGCACUGUUUUAAUACUAUUCCACCACAAUGGCAGCAUCUUCCUUUCCCGCUGUCCCAGCUAAACACGCCGACUUUCUCUCACACCUUAAUUCCCAUCCUAAUACCCCCAUCCAGCAACUUCUCCAACCGUACAAUGAGUACGACGCUGUUGCCAGAAAAGUCUUUGCCCAGGAGCCAUCCCACCCCGCCCUGCAAGACAACCAUCUGAACGUCGUUCCGGUGUACGACGAAGCAGGAUCCACGAGUGCGCAGAUCCGAGCUAGAGAUCUAGCCUCGGAAUCACCAGAAGAGACACAGCGGUACAUCCUCCCACUCAGCGAUGAGAACCGCAGACCGAAUGGCUCGCCGGCCGUGGUGCCGACGAUCAAGGAGUUCCAGAAUAACUUUUCCAUCUUCUCCGAGGGUUCACUGAGUGAUCUGGACUGGAGCAAUGUGGUGGUGGCAGGCAGUGCGGUGGUUACGUCCCUCAUGCCGAUUCCGGAGAAACACCGUGCGUCGAAACGUGCGCUGCGCCAGUUCUACCAUGAGCAGUUUGCGCCGGCGUCGGAUGUGGAUUUGUUCAUUUACGGACUGAGCGAGGACGAGGCGGUUGAGAAGAUUAAGCAGAUUGCGGAUCGAAUCAGUAAUGCGAUUCUGUACGAGACGACGACAGUGCGGACCAAGAACACUAUUACGAUUGUCUCGCAGUAUCCGACGCGCCAUGUGCAGAUUGUUCUGCGGAUUUACAAGUCCGUUGCGGAGAUUCUGACUGGGUUUGAUGUUGAUUGUUCUUGUGCGGUCUACGAUGGAAAGCAGGUUUAUGUGUCUCCUCGUGCGUUGGUCUCGUAUAUCACCCAGACCAAUCAGGUCGACUUGACGCGUCGGUCGCCUUCUUAUGAGAACCGGCUGUCCAAGUACUCGCAUCGUGGGUUUGAGGUGUACUGGCCGCAGCUGGAGCGGUCGAGGAUUGAUCCUACCAUCUUUGAAAGAAGCUUUGCCAGAACAGUCGGUCUUGCCCGUCUGCUCGUUUUGGAAAAGCUUCCCAAGACUUCAGAUCGAGAGACGUAUUUGAUCAAACGACGAGCUGAACGUGGCAGACCGAAUCCGAACACGUACAGCCGGUCGAAUAAGUUACACGGAAACAUCAAAGAUAUCUGGGAAGAUGAAACUCCCGAUUGGCAGGAGGAGGAUGAAAUCUCUGAUUACAACACUUUUAGUAUCCCAUACGGUGAAAGGUUCCAUGCUCGGAGGAUCAUCAAGCUGCUGUAUACCAAGGACUUGCUGCUCAAUGCCGAGUGGAACAAGCCCAAGGAUCGAAAGGUCCAUCUCCACCGUCAUCCGGCCUUUUUCGGUUACGUCGCGGACGUGAUGCAUGACUGCUGUGGUGACUGCCCCAAGCCGGUCACUGAUGAGGAGAAGGAGGUGGCAGAGGAAGAAAGCAAGACCUACAUUUCUGGGGAUGUUUCCUUCAUCAAGGAUGACCCUGGUCGCCAGGCUAUUGGAAGUUUCAACCCGAUCACCGACACUGAUUGGACUGAAAUGGCCUAUGUUGGAAAUACCGAGCGUCUGUGCCACGAUAUCGUUGAACAUGAUCUCGAAGGAGUCAAGAAUUGGCUGGCACAAGACGGAGCCGAUCCCAACACCCGCGACUACACUGGCAGAACACCCCUGCAUUUGGCCUGCAUGACAUCUACACCGGAAAUUGUUCAAGCCCUUGUCGACCAUGGCGCCCGGUUGAUUGCCCGUGUGGUGGAUGGCAGAACCGCGUUGCAUAUGGCUGCUGCUCGUGGCAGUGUGGAGAUUGUGAGAAUCCUCCUUACCAAGAGCGGACAGAACGAGGAGGAAGAAAACGACAAACAAGACGCAAAGUCAGCAUCCAAGAAACAAAAGCGGAUCGAAGAGAAGAAGGAGAAGAGCGAGCUGGAUGAAGAUGGCGAUUUCGUCAACAUGGAUGACAGUACUUCCGCCACCUCCUCUUACGUGGAUGUGCGGCAUGAAGAUGUCGAGUCUGAUGUCGCUAUGCUCGACGGCGAAAAUGAACUCGAGCCCGACAUUUAUGACAUCAACAUACCAUCCUGGGAUUUCAAAACCACUCCACUCCAUCUGGCCAUCCUCAACGGUCAUAUCGACGUGAUCGAAGAGCUUGUCUCUUCUUUCGGUGCUGAUGUUCUGAUGCCCGUCAAGCUUAUGAACGAUAACAAGACCGCACAAUAUGCCAUCUUGACUUUGGCCCUCGCACUCCGUCUGCCGCUGGAAAAAGCGAAACCAAUCACGGAGAAACUUCUGCAACUUGGUGCCUCUCCAGCUCAGGCCGAUGUGCAGCGUCAUACAGCUUUGCACUAUCUUGCCGCUACUUCUUCUACCGAGCUGCUGGAUCUAUACCUCCACUACAACGAACCUGCUGUGAAGCGAGUAAUUAACCACCUCGCCUUUGAGGGCAAUCGGUACAACCAUAGUGUGUAUUCGGCAUUUGGGACAGCGAUCAAUGCCAGGAGCCCAACCGAAGCCCUUCGGCUUCUUGAACUUGGCUCCGACCCGUCGAUCAAGUUUGAGCAGUUUUUGAAGUCUGCUAAACUGGCGAAUAGCUGGGUCAAUCAUAGCACAACCGAGAGAAACCUGGAAUACUUCCGAGAGACGAUCAGCCAGCCUAUCAUCCUCGCAGUGCAGAAGGAACUUCCUCUUGUGGCACUGGAACUGCUUGCCCAUGGCGUGGAUCCGAAUACGCUUACCGGUGCUGCACACGGUAUCAUCACCAAUGAGAGAAAACGCAGGUACACCAAAGGAGAAUCUUUGCUCGAUUGUGUCCAGGAGAAAAUCAAGUCUCUGCGCAAAUACCGCGGCGAGAAAGCUGAGGGUAUGCGCCAACUUCACGCCUUGAGUGUACCCCUUAUCAAGGAGGAUGAUCAAUUCUAUCUCAAUGUAUUCCAGGAAGGCACCUACCAGAUGUGGGCAGCCAGGAACCAACUCCAGGCAGCAAAAAAGGAGAACGAGGACGCGGAAAGAAGGUACAAUGAAGCUGUCAAAGGAUUAGCUCCAAAGGGAUGGGAUGAGAAGAUGGCCGCAGUGAAAAGUCUUCUCUCCGAGUACCAGAAAUUGGAGGCUGCGUUGAUCGAGAAGGGGGCAAAGCAGUUUUAUCAACUUCACCCGGACUUUGAGAAGCCGUCUAAUUAUGACCCAUACAGGCCUAUGGAUUACAAGCCUGGGCCGUUCGAAGUGAAGUUGACAUUUACCGUUCCGGAUUUGACUGAUGUGAGGAAAGAUGGAUAUUUGAGAUUGUACGAGGCUGCGUGGAACGGCGACUUGGAUGCCAUCAAGUCCCUUACCCUGGGUCUGUGGGCGUUUGGUCCGAAAAAGGACAACUCUCCUCUCCAGAUCAACGUGCAGGAUAGCUGUGGUUCCUCGCCGUUUUCCAUUGCGCUUCUCCGUGGACACCAGGGUGUUGCCAGGGGAAUCAUUGACAUUGCCAAGAGCCAGUACAAGCCAAAGGAGGCCCGUGAAAAGAGAUACAAGAUGGAAGAAGGCAGCGAUGAUGAGUCGGAAGACGAUGUCAAUGUGAUUGGUGAGGAUGUCGAUGAUGAAUUCACCGUCGACAAUAUCGGCGAGGUGGACACCGAGGUUGUCACCGAUGCAGCACCUAUCUUGUUGCUGUCUAGUCGAUUCCCAGUGACUCAACUAGCAGAUCCUCUCGGGCAGAAGAAGACUCCUAAGAGAUUUUCAGACGAUCAGAGGGAGCCAUACGAUCUCAUCGAAUACAUGAUUGCGACUGAAAACAUCGAGAUGCUGGUCUUUUUGCUUGACCUCUGUCAAGAACUGACAAAAGCAGACUCGGAAGAUGAAUCCAACGUAUACCAAGCAGACGAACGCUACUACGAACUGGCAAUCAGACUUGGCCACCUGCAGUGUCUGGAGCAGCUGAUCAAGCGCGGUGGUGCUGGCUUUCCCCUCGACCAGCUGGUGCAGAAGAGCGGCAUUGAAGUCAAACCAAAGACCAGAUACUACCGCGGACUCACCUUCCAUGGCCAGAAGCACAAGGACUGGGCAUCGGCUGGAAGGGAGUUCCAGUCGCGAUUCCAGAGCACUCAUGCACCGCUGCUGAGGGCUGCAUUCAACGGUAAGUUGAACAGCACCGAGUGGUUCUUGGGAACGGCGCCGGCGCGGUACUAUCUCGAGUUUGCAAAGGCGCAUGAGCAGGAUGACAAGUUGAGCGCGCUGGCAAAGUCGACUGGUGGACUGGAGGGUACUAUCGGAAAGUGGCUGGGGAUGAGAACUCACGAGUUAGAUGAGCUGGUCCUGCACUGCGCGGUCAUGGCCAGGCCGGACGAUGAAUCGUGCCGCCUGAUAGAGUAUCUGGUGAAACAGGUACCGGAAUGUCUAGAGGCCAAGUCACUUGAAGGCCACACGCCUCUGACCCUUGCGUUCUCGCUGCACCGGAAGAGCUACGCUGAGAUUCUCAUCAACGCCGGCGCCAACCAGGCCGCUCGCGACCGCAAGGGCAACAACGUGAUCCAUCUGCUACUCUGGAAAGAGGGUGGAGAGGCGCGUACGAAGCCAGACGGUCUGAAGGAGUUGCUUGAACUGCUUGAUCCGCGAUUGGUUCCGUCGUUGCUCACGGAGCGGUCGUCCGACGAGCCGGGCUCAGCGACUCCGCUUGCGCGAUGGAUGCAUGAAGUCCAGGAUCGCACAUGGAGCCCCCGGUGCAAUUCAUUCAACCUGGACAUGAACAACGAAACAGACGAAAAGGUAGCCGCGAUGCGUGCUUUCCUCGAAUUCGCCGACUCCACCGGCCAAGAACAUCUGGGCGUACUCGACGGCUCCGGAAACACCCCCCUGCACAACGCAAUCAAGCAUCUCCUGCCAAGGCAGCUGGAGAUGAUGAUCCAACGUCGCCCGGACCUGGUCUACCGCGAGAACGCGACGGGAUCGACGCCGUUCGAAAUCGCCGUCGACAACUGGCUGUAUGAAGCCACGGUGGCCCCGCCGCAUAUUCCCAGACAUGACCCAGAUUGGCAGGAGAGAGACAUGGACGAGUGCAAGGCGACAGUGGACAAAUCCGCAGAGUACUUUACCGUGGAGCAUUCCCGCCGCCAACGCAGCCAGCGCCAGAUCAUGUACGACAUGUGCCGCGAGGCGAUGAAAGACGACAGCAAAAAGCGAAAGCUGGUCAGUCUCCACGAGGCCAACGAAGUAGCCAAGCGAUUGGCAGCGCGUCAACGCAGAUACACCGAGAUGGCAAUGGACACCGAGGAGGAGCCAGAAGAUGAAGUCAAGAUGUGGUAUUGCAGCGCGAGAACUUAG